AUGGAUGGGGAAUUCUCAUUGGAAAGCUACCUAGAUGAGUGUUCAAGCCAGGAUGAUCUUCCAUCAAAUAGCCCUCAAAUGUAUUCUCCCAUGAGUCCCUUUGGGUCAGAUUUGCCUAUUUCUGCCAUUCCGGGCACAUUGUUUACUCCUCAGCCUGACCAAGGCAAAGACUUCCCUUCGGUAGAUCUCAGCUUCUUGCCAGAUGAUUUUGGACAAGAUGGCAACAACAACAACAUGCUGGAAGAGUAUCAAAGCCCCCAGCUGGGAAUACAAGGCAGUGGAAUCUUCUCGGAAGACAGUGGAGGGUCCCAACAGAGGGGUGAAAAGGCAAUUCAGCCAUUGCCUGAUUUAUCUGGGACGUGUCCCUCCAUGGCCCCCAUGACUCCUGUGACCCCUACUUCAGAAGUUUCUGGCAUUAUCCCACAGUUACAGAACAUAGUAGCCACUGUAAAUUUGGCUUGCAAAUUGGACCUAAAGAAUAUAGCCCUUCAAGCCAGAAAUGCAGAAUAUAAUCCAAAGAGAUUUGCUGCUGUAAUUAUGAGAAUUAGAGAACCAAGAACAACUGCCCUUAUAUUUAGUUCUGGUAAAAUGGUGUGCACGGGAGCCAAAAGUGAAGAGCAGUCACGACUGGCAGCCAGAAAAUAUGCUCGCGUGGUACAGAAGCUCGGAUUUCCUGCAAAAUUCCUGGAUUUCAAAAUACAGAACAUGGUGGGCAGUUGUGAUGUGAGAUUUCCCAUCCGCUUAGAAGGAUUAGUUCUAACUCAUCAACAAUUCACCAGUUAUGAACCAGAGCUGUUUCCUGGGCUUAUCUACAGGAUGGUCAAACCAAGAAUUGUACUGCUUAUUUUUGUGUCUGGAAAAGUUGUUUUAACUGGUGCCAAAGACCGUUCUGAAAUAUAUGAAGCAUUUGAAAACAUAUAUCCAAUUUUAAAAGGUUUCAAGAAAGUCACUUAAGUUAUUUUUUUGAAAAAUUGUAAAGAAUAAAAAAGUUUGUAUAUAUAGCAAUGUUCUAGUAUUUCAAACCUAUACAUAGUAAUUGAUGGACAUAGCUUCUUGCCUUAGUUUUGUCUCAUUUAAUGUUCAUCACAUAUUUGUAAAUAUACAGUAGCUCAGAAAAAUUUUGAAUGUUAGUAUUCAAAUACAUGAAUUCAGUAGCAUACUGAAAAUUAUUUAAAUUGAAUUCAGUGUGGAGUAACCUCCAUGUAAUUAUUUUGCAUAAAAUAAACUAAAAUAUAAAGUAAUGAUUUAGUGCUAAAUAAAUAUGUAAUUGCCUAAGAGCGAUUGAUU